AUGUCGCACGGCUCCAGACCCAGCACCUCACGCAUCAGCAGCGUACCUUCGCAGAAGCCCCGCCAGCUCUCGCACCUCCAGGCCCAGCUUGCGCAAUUGACGGCGAACAUGGCGGACCUCGAGAGUCUGAUGCGCAUGACAGCAGGCCAGGCGCAAGACAUGCGCGCGCUGGGAGGAUACUCGGGCGCGAUGUUCAUGGCAGCAAGCAAAGUACUGGGCGAAGAGACUGUCAAGGGCGGCGAAGGCAAGGAUGGCGAAGGCAAGGACAGCGAAGGCAAGGACGGCGAAGGCAAGGACGUCGAAGGCAAGGACGGCGCUCGUGAGCAGGACAAGUGA